CCUCUGUCCUUGGUUGUCUCCCAGGGCGUGGACGAAGGACCAGAUGGGCUGAGGCUGAUCUCGGACAUCAUCCAUGAGAAACUGGGAAUAGAGAUGACCGUGCUCAUGGGGGCCAACCUUGCCAAUGAGGUGGCAGAUGAGAAGUUCUGUGAAACCACCAUUGGCUGCAAGAACACGAAGUACGGGCAGAUGCUGAAGGAGCUGAUGCAGACCCCCAACUUCCGAGUGUCGGUGGUGCAGGAAGCCGACACCGUGGAGAUCUGUGGGGCUCUCAAGAACGUGGUGGCCGUGGGAGCCGGUUUCUGCGACGGGCUGGGCUACGGCGACAACACCAAGGCCGCCGUGAUCCGCCUGGGCCUGAUGGAGAUGAUUGGCUUUGCCAAACUCUUCUGCAAGGGCCCCGUCACCCCCACCACCUUCCUGGAGAGCUGCGGGGUCGCCGACCUCAUCACCACCUGCUACGGGGGCCGCAACCGCAAGGUCGCUGAGGCUUUCGCCAGGACGGGGAAGUCCAUCGAGCAGCUGGAGAAGGAGAUGCUGAAUGGGCAGAAGCUGCAGGGCCCCCAGACGUCUGCUGAGCUGCAUCGGAUCCUCAAGAGCAAGAACGUGGUGGAGAAGUUCCCCCUCUUCACCGCCGUGUACCGGAUCUGCUACGAGGGCAAACCCGUCGCUGACUUCAUCAAGUGUCUCCAGAACCACCCUGAGCACAUGUGAGGGGCUCUGCCUGCCAGGCCGCCGGCCCUGCUGGGACACGCAGAGACUCCUGCCCACCCCAGCCCGACCUGCUGCCACAGCUUUGUGGGGAGCCCGGGUCUCCUGGGAGCCUUGGCAGGGUGCUGGAAGGGGCAGAGGGUCCCUUCCCCAGCCCUGGACACUGCCAGCCUGAGCCUGGCACAGAGGUACCUGCUGACCUCCCUCUCUCUGCGAGGGGCUCGUUUAGUUCCUGCCGCUCUCUAAGGUCUGCCCUGAGCGGGACUGAGCAUCUUCCUCCUUCCACUUCCUCCUGCUGUGAUGGAUUCAGCUCUGGGAAGGACUCUGUCGUGGUUGAUACGGGCUGGGAGGACAAACAGUGCCCCAAAUCCUCACUCUUAGCCCCAUGGGGCCACUCUGGGUGACACCAGCCCUUCCCUGCCUGCUGCUGCUGCUGCUGCUUUUGGCCUCCCUGCCUGGUGGAGAGGGCACAGUCCCCUGCCAGGCUCCACCCGCUGAGCAAAGCCCCUCAGGACUCCCAGAGGUGCUGAGAAUCUUCUUUCUAACCAUCACCAGUGCCAGGCAACGGCAUUCCUUGCCACCCUGCCACGUGCUGCUUCCCGAGCCACCCCCAGCUGCUCCUGCUGCCCCAGUGCUGCUCCACAGCUCCAGAGGGACACUUUGGGGCUUGUUUGUUUGGAGCUUUUGCUCUGGCAAUCCCACCUGGCCCCUGCCCCGGGGAACUCCCCUGCUGUCACAGGUUUGCCUGUGCGAAUUCCACGCCCGCUGACUCCUCUCCCUGUCCCACUUCGUCCUCUGGGGCUUGGCACUGCAGGGACCAACUGCUCCCCAGUCUCUGUGCCCCCUGCCUUGUACCUGCAGAGCCAGGGGGUGGGUACAGGGCACCUGGGUCGUGUUGCUGUUAAAUAAACGACCCACAGCCACACUUUGCCCUCUCUGGCUCGCUUCAGCCUGUGCUUUUAGCCUGCUCUGUGCUCCCAGGUGGGACUGGCCGGGAGCUGAGGAGCAGGUCCCACGCCUUCCCUGCCGUGGGGAUGCUGCAAACUGCCCGUUGGCACAGGGGCAGGAAUGGGCAUGUGAUCCACGACAGGUACAGGGCAGGACAGAGGUCUGGGGCCUCACGCCGGGCCUGUGAAACUUGCCCCUUGUCCAGGCAGACGCCACGUGUCCCCCUGCUCCUCUGGAGCUGGCGGUGUUUGCUCAGAGCCAGCGUGUCCAGCGGUCACUGAUCCUGCCCGGGCUGGAAUUCUGGAAUGCUGGAGUGCUGCAGGGCUCCCCGUGCCCCCCAUUUGGGCAUUGUGCUUUUAAACUGGCAAUAAACACGGAGAGGAGAGGGGAGAUGCUCUCCCUGCUCUGAGGCUCCGGUGCGUCGCUGC